GACUUUCACCUAGGCAGCCCACACCAGACACAUACAAACAAAACCCUGAACAUAUACCAGCAGUAAAUUGUCCCCUGCCCUCUGGUUGCAAAGAAAUGCUUCCCAAGACCCCAGGGCUGCCUAGUAGGAGCAGCAUGUCUGCAGGCAGGACCAUCGCCUUAGUGAUUGCCAUCUUCAUCUUGGAAAUCAAUGCACGGAUCCCAGGACCCACUCCCAGUGAAGCAUUCAUAGAAAGAGAAGACUCUCUGUUGCCCAUAGACUGCAGAAUGAGCCCAUGGAGUGAAUGGUCACAGUGUGAUCCUUGCCUCAAAGAAAUGUUUCGCUCAAGAAGCAUUGAAGCCUUUGGACAAUUUCAUGGGAAAAGCUGUGUUGAUGCUUUGGGAGACAGACAACAGUGUGUACCGACUGAGGAGUGUCAGGAGGCACAGGACAACUGUGGGAAUGACUUCCAAUGUGGAACAGGCAGGUGCAUAAAGAGGCGACUUCUGUGUAACGGUGACAACGACUGUGGAGAUUUUUCGGAUGAGGAUAACUGUGACAGCGAUCCACGACCCCCCUGCCGUGACAGAGUGGUAGAAGAAUCUGAGCUGGGACGAACAGCAGGCUAUGGGAUCAACAUCUUAGGGUCGGAUCCCCUGAGUACACCUUUUGACAAUGAGUUCUACAACGGCCUCUGUGACCGGGUGCGGGAUGGAACCACUUUGACAUACUACCGCAAACCUUGGAACUUAGCUUUUCUGGCCUAUGAAACCAAGGCUGAUACAAAUCUCAGAAAUGAGAAUUAUGAAGAGGAGAUUCAAAUAUUCAGAAACAUCUUCCAGGAGAGGACCUCGAGUAUUAACGCAAACUUGGCUCUAAAAUUUAAAAUCACUGAAGUAAAGUGCUGUUCACGGGUAAGAGGAGUUGACGACGUUUUUCCAGAAGAAAACUCUUCAAACCCUACAGAACUUACAGACUCUGAAGACUCUUCUCUUGGUUUUAAAUUUUCAUAUUUCAAGAGUGAAAAUUUUCAACGAUUAUCGACAUAUUUAUCAAGGACGGACAAGAUAUUUCUGCAUGUGAAAGGAACAGUUCACAUCGGUAGAUUUGUGAUGAGAAAUCGGGAUGUGGUUCUGACAACAACUUUCCUGGAUGAUGUCAAAGCUCUGCCAACUUUCUAUGAAAAGGGAGAGUAUUUUGGAUUUUUGGAAACCUAUGGAACUCACUAUAGUAGCUCUGGGUCUCUGGGAGGAGUCUACGAACUGAUAUAUGUCUUGGAUAAAGCUUCCAUGAAAGAUAAAGGUGUUGAAGUGAGUGACAUAAAGAAGUGUCUUGGGUAUGAACUGGAUGCAUCUAUACACAUCCCUCUGCGUCCCAUCUCUGAUGGACUUUCACUCACAGGAAAUGUUAAUAAGACUGAUUGCUUAAAGAGAGGUGAUGGGAAAAGAGUAAACAUCACUAGUGAAAACUUCAUAGAGGAUGUUAUUUCACUCAUAAGAGGAGGGACCGGGAAACAAGCAAUCCUCCUGAAAGAAAAGCUUCUCAGAGGAGACAAGGCAAUUGAUGUGACUGACUUUGUCAACUGGGCCUCAUCCUUGAAUGAUGCCCCAGCACUCAUUAGCCAAAAACUGUCCCCGAUAUAUAAUCUGGUUCCUUUGAAAAUGAAGGAUGCAUACAUAAAGAAACAGAAUUUGGAAAGAGCUAUAGGCGACUAUAUCGAAGAAUUCCAUGUUAAAAAAUGCUAUCCAUGUCAAAAUGGAGGUAAAGCAAUUCUUCUGGACGGGCAGUGCCUGUGUUCCUGCCCACCCACAUUUAAGGGAAUUGCCUGUGAAAUCAGUCAACGAAAACUGAAUUAAGGAGAAAAGGAAAACCUGGGUUCACAUGGAAGGGGAAAAGAGAAUCCCAGGACUUUCCAACUUUACAUCCCACCCUGGAGCGAAUCCUCACUGCCAAGUGGAAAGCAGCUUGCUUCAUGGAAAUCUUACCAGCCUCUGAAGUCUUUUCUUUUUGGUCUACAGUGCCUUUCCACCCUCUUUAAUGCCUAUAAUGCUUCCAUUUUUUUUUUAAUUCCCUAAUGAAGAGUCAGCAGUGAGAUAUGCCAGGACUACUUUUUCCCACAGGCAAUGCCAAUCUCUUGUUAAUAAAACAAAAUUAAAUUAAAAACAGAAUGUUGUUCUAAAAGGCUUUAA